AUGAUAGUCUAUGCCGCGCAUCCCCAGCGGGAGUUUUUUCACGGCGCGGAGCUGGCCCCCGCGGUCGCUGCAGGUUUGCAGAGUGACGACGCCGAAUCCGCCGGAGCCGAUAGGUCGAGUGUCGGUCCAGGUGCCGGCUUGAGAGUGUUGUGGGGUGGAGGGGUCGUUGUGAGGUGGAAGGGUUCGAUGGGGGAGAGGGGGUGCGUGGAAAUGGAGGCGGAGGUGGAAGUGGAGGUCGAGGUAGAGGGAAAGGUCGAAGUAGAGGCGAGGGUGGAUGUGGAGGUAGAGGGAGAGGUCAAGGUGGCGGUGGAGGCGGGGAUGGAGGCGGGGGUCGGAGUGGAGGCAGAUGUGGAGCUGAAGAAUGGUCACGCGACGGGGAGUCGACUAACGGCACGGCUAAAGCCUAUGACAUGGGACGCAAGAUAG